UCUUCAGGCUUGAAUGUGAACGAUGACAGGAAGGGGACAACUGAGAAAACUACACAUGGAGCCAUCCAGAUCAAGAGCAGGAAUCCAGCUAUACAAGCGGAAACAGAGUCUCAGCACUGUGACCAUGGAUGACGAUGCCAAAUGGUUGGAAUGGGUAACUAAGCAGUUCGAAAACAUUGCUGGCGAGGAUAAGGAGAUUGAUUUGGAAGAAUUCAAGACAGCACUCAAAGUGAAAGAGUCUUUCUUUGCAGAGAGGUUUUUCGCUUUGUUUGACUCUGACGGGAGUGGCAGCAUAAGCCUGGAUGAAUUGUUGAAGGCUCUGAAUCUCCUCACACAUGGGAGUGAAACAGACAAGCUACGAUUCCUUUUCCAAGUCUAUGAUGUAGAUGGCAGUGGCUCCAUUGACCCCGAUGAGUUACGCACAGUCCUCAAGUCCUGCUUGCGUGAAAGUGCCAUCUCGUUGCCCGAGGAGAAGCUGGACGACCUCACUCUCGCUCUCUUUGAAUCUGCUGACAAAGACAACAGUGGCACCAUUACCUUUGAGGAGCUCAAGGAGGAGCUAGAGAGCUUCCCAGAAGUAAUGGAGAACUUAACAAUCAGUGCUGCCAACUGGCUAAAGCCACCAACUGCAGAGAAAUACGCAAGGAAACCCCCACGGUACCUGACACCAGCCUACUGGCAGAAUAACAUUCGCAAGCUGCUCUUCAUGUGUGGCUACAUCCUGGUCAACAUCUUGCUCUUCACAUUUGCGGCUAUGAAUUACAGCCGCUCUGGUGAAUGGUUUAUGCUGGCAAGGGGCUGUGGUCAGUGCCUGAACUUCAACUGUACCUUCGUCGUGGUGCUCAUGCUGCGCCGGUGUCUGACAUGGUUGAGAGCAACCUGGGUAGUGCGUGUCUUGCCACUGGACCAGCACGUUCUCCUGCAUCAGUUGGUGGGAUUUGCCAUAUUUGGAUUGAGUGCCGUUCAUACUGCCGCUCACGUUGUGAACUUUGUGAAAAUGACUCACAGCGAUGGAAGCUACCAGUUGUGGGAAUACCUCUUCACCACAAGGCCAGGGAUUGGAUGGAUCUAUGGAUUGGCAUCCAUUACUGGAAUAAUCUUGCAGUUCUUAAUCAUGUUGAUGUUGAUCUGCUCGAGCACGUUUAUCCGCAGGAGUGGACACUUUGAGCUGUUUUAUUGGACUCAUUUGUGCUAUAUUUGGGUCUGGGGUCUGCUAAUUGUUCACUGCCCUAACUUCUGGAAAUGGUUUGUGGCUGCGGGCUUCUUGUUUCUCAUGGAAAAAAUAGUCGGAAUCACAGUCUCACGUAUUGGCGGGACACAGAUUGUGGAGGUCAACUUGCUACCAUCCAAGGUAACCCAUCUAGUUAUCAAGCGAUCAGCAUUCUUCCAUUACAAGCCGGGAGACUAUGUAUACCUCAACAUCCCAGAGAUUGCCAAGUACGAGUGGCAUCCAUUCACGAUCAGCAGUGCUCCAGAACAACAAGACACCAUUUGGCUUCACAUCAGAUCACUUGGCCAGUGGACCAAUCAACUGUACGAAUACUUCCGCCUCUCUGGAAAAUCAGGCAACGAGCCAAAGAGGUUGACCAAAAACCUGAGGAACAAAAAGCAUCAGAAAUGUAUCCAGGUCUCUACAAAACUGGGUGAGAAUCAUCAAUACUGCAACAUUAAGUGCUACAUUGACGGCCCGUAUGGAACUCCGACUCGGUCCAUCUUUACCUCCGAACACGCUGUGCUGAUUGGAGCUGGCAUAGGUAUCACCCCAUUUGCCUCAAUUUUGCAAAGCAUUAUGUACAGGUAUCGCAUGAGAAAACAGAAUUGUCCUAAUUGUAACUACUCCUGGUGUGAAAGCGUCAAGGAUAAUGAGAUGAGUUUGAGAAAGGUUGACUUUAUCUGGAUCAACAGAGACCAGAAGUCAUUUGAGUGGUUUGUUAGCCUCCUGACUAAACUGGAGAUGGACCAGGCAGAUGAGGAACCUCAAGGCAGAUUUUUGGAGAUGCACAUGUAUAUGACCUCUGCUCUCAGUAAAAAUGACAUGAAGGCUUUAGGUCUACAAAUGGCUCUGGAUCUACUGGCCAAGAAGGAGAAACGCGACUCUAUUACAGGCCUGCGCACCAGAACACAACCAGGUCGACCAGAUUGGAGCAAGGUUUUCCAAAGGGUUGCAGAAGAGAAGAAAGGAAAGGUCCAUGUUUUUUUCUGUGGCUCUCCAGUCCUGGCUAAAACAAUCAAGGCCCAGUGUGAGCAUUUUGGCUUCAAGUUCUACAAAGAAAACUUCCAGUGACAUGUUAUGGUCGUGCAUCAAAAUAGGCUUUCCUCUGGUACCAUGUACUGUGUAGCAGAAUCAGAAUAAGGUUUAAUAUCACUGAUAUGAGAUAUGUUCAUAUGUGGCAGCAGUACAGUGCAAUACAUAAAAAGCUACAAAUUACCAUAAGACCAUAAGAUAUAGGAGCAGAAUUGGGCCAUUUGGCCCAUCGAGUCUGCUCUGCCAUUUCAUCAUGGCUGAUCCAUUUACCUCUCAGCCCCAAUCUCCUGCUUUUUCCCCAUAUCGCUUCAUACCCUGAUUAAUCAA